AUGAACCCGUUUCCUAUCGAAGAGUCUCAAGCUGCUCAGCCUCAAGCCGUGCAUUGUCCCAUUCCCAGCAUGAAAUUCACCGCGCUCUUCGCAAUAGCCCUACAGGCACUUGGCGUCCUCGCGCAACAAUGGCCGUUACAUGACGAUGGCUACAAUCAGGUCGUUCAGUGGGACCACUACUCACUCAAGGUCAAUGGCGAACGCUUGUUCUUCUGGAGUGGCGAGUUUCAUUACUGGCGGAUACCUGUGCCCGAGCUAUGGCGAGACAUCAUGGAGAAGAUCAAGGCUGCUGGCUUCAAUGCCUUCUCAAUCUAUGUACACUGGGGCUUCCACAGCUCUGCUCCCGGGCAACUGGACUUCGAAACCGGUGCGCACAACUUCUCCCGCAUCUUCGACUUAGCGGAGGAGCUCGGUCUCUACAUGCUCGUCCGACCUGGCCCAUAUAUCAAUGCCGAAACCACUGCGGGAGGCUUUCCAGGCUGGCUCUUGACAGGCGAAUAUGGAGCGUCGUUGCGCGACAAUGGCACAAAGUACACCGAAGCCUGGACGCCAUACUGGGAUGCGGUGUCAAGGAUGGUCGCCGAGCAUUCCGUGACGAACGGUGGACCUGUCUUGUUGCAGCAGAUCGAGAACGAAUAUGGCGAGCAAUGGGCUAAUGUAGCUAGGCGCACACCUAAUGAGACUGCGAUUGCAUACAUGGAGCUUCUCGAGAAGGCAACCAGAGACGCCGGAGUUGAUAUACCGUUUCUCAAUAACAAUCCAAACCUCGGCAGCAAGUCCUGGUCCUUCGACUAUGAUAUCAACAAAGUUGGUGGUGACACUGAUCUGUACGGCCUCGACAACUAUCCAAGCUGCUGGAGCUGCAACCUCGCAGAAUGCACAAGCGUCAACGGCUUCCCGCCAGACUUUACGACUUUUGACUACUACACCAAUUUCCAGCAAACAGCUCCGACGCAGCCCUCGAUACUUGCCGAAUUCCAGGGUGGCAGCUAUAACCCAUGGAACGGACCACAAGGUGGCUGCCUAAACACCACGGGCGUCGACUGGGUGAACGUGUUCUACAGGAACAACAUCGGCAACAAAGUAGCCGGACAAAAUAUCUACAUGCUUUUCGGCGGCACGAAUUGGGGUGGUCUUCCGAUCCCAAUCGUGGGUACAAGCUACGAUUACAGUGCACCAAUCUCGGAAAGCAGACUGCUGACAGACAAGUACUCCGAGACGAAGCUGCUGAGCUACUUCGUCCGAUCGGCCAAGGAUUUGACUAUGGUCGAACGUGCAGGUAAUGGUACGACAAACUAUACUGGAAAUGCGAAUGUCUUCGUUCAGGCCUUGCAGAAUGUUGAUACUGGUGCGCACUUCUAUGUCGCCAAGCAUACCAACACGACCCUCACCUCGUACGAGACCUUCAAGCUCAGCAUGAACACUUCAGUCGGUCAGCUCCAAGUGCCGAGAUAUGCCGCGGACAUCGCGCUCAAUGGUCGCGCAGCCAAGAUCCUGGUCGCAGAUUUCGGCUUUGGAAAUGAGAAGCUGAUCUACUCCACCGCCGAGGUGCUUACGGUCUCGCUCCAGGCUAGGCCCAUGAUCGUGCUCUGGGUCCCUACAGGAGAGUCCGGCGAGUUCUACCUCAAAGGCGCGAGGAAAGGGAGUAUAUUUCGCUGCGAUGGGUGUACGAACGUGGCUUUUCAUCAAGCUAGCGAGGGCCUGAUUGUCAGCUUCACGCAGAACGCUGGCAUGACGGUCUUGCAAUUCGAUAACGGUGUCAUGGCUGUUCUGCUUGAUCGCUCCGUGGCGUAUACGAUGUGGCAACCCACGCUCUCGGCCAAUCCUUUGGUGCCAUUGAAUGAGACGAUUCUCGUGCGUGGUCCGCAUCUUGUCCGCUCGGCAGAAGUCGUGGACGGAACGAUCUGUUUGACUGGAGAUUACAGUGCGGACGAAGCGACUGAGCUUGAAGUCUUCGCCUCACAAGUUUCUGGCUCAGGUUGGCAGCAGGGAGGCUCUUGGCCACAAGAUGGCUCAUGGGACCAUGGUCCGCAGAACGCAACGACAGUGACGUGGAACGGUAAAUCCAUACCCAUGCGUCCCACCCGCUACGGCUCUCUGAUCGGCUCACUCACACCACCCAACACCACUAUCGCCUCCCUCCAAUCCUCCAUACCAGCCCUAAAAUCCUGGCUCUCCGCCGACGGCCUACCAGAGCGCCUACAAUCCUACAACGACUCCGGCCCAGCCUGGGUCGCCGCGGAGAACACCACCACCCUGAACGCCUGGAAACCCGCCACCCUCCCCGUCCUCUACGCAGACGACUACGGCUUCCACACCCAGAACAUCCUCUGGCGGGGUCGCUUCACCGGUCAAGAAGCUACAGGCGUCUUCCUGAACAUCAUCGGCGGCACAUCCUCAGGCUGGUCCGCAUGGCUCAAUGGAAUCUUCCUCGGCUCAAGUCUAGGUAAUGUCACGCUGAGCGAGACGAACGCCACACUUUCUUUCCCAACCAACAGCAGCGUAAGCGGCGAGAACGUCCUCUUCAUCAUCCAAGACCACAUGGGUCAUGACGAAACGACGGGCGUUCUCAACCCGAGAGGCAUCCUGAACGCUACACUCCUCUCUCCCCACAACAACGCCGCGGCAGCACCAACCUUCACUUCCUGGCGCGUAGCCGGCAACGCCGGCGGCGAACACCCACUCGACCCCUUACGAGGACCGUACAACGAAGGCGGUCUCCACGCCGAACGCCUGGGCUGGCACCUCCCCGGCUUCAGCCCCAUCACCAACAGCAGCAGCAGCAGCACAACCUGGACCCCUUCCCUACCGCCCACCACAGCCCUCACCUCCCCAGGAGCUCGCUUCUACCUCACCACCUUGCCCCUGAACAUACCCUCCGACAUAGAUGCCAGUCUAGCCUUCAUCCUCACCGCCGUCCCCACCGCAAAAGCCACGGUCCGAGUCCAGCUUUAUGUGAAUGGGUAUAUGUUCGGCAAAUUCCUGCCCUACCUAGGAAAUCAGAUCGAGUUCCCUGUUUUCCCGGGGAUACUAGAUUAUCAUGGUGAUAAUGUCAUCGGGUUGAGUGUCUGGGCGCAAGGCGGAGAGGAUGGGGGAGGCGGAGGAGGAGGGGGGGUAGAUGUUGCCGUGAAGGUUUUGGGCGUUGUGGGCAAUUCGUUGGAGCCGGGCACGGGAACGGAAUAUUUGAGGCCCGGGUGGACGGCGGAGAGACUACAGUACGCAUGA